AUGACAAUUUAUGUUAAAACUAUUACUGGUAAGAAAUUAGAAUAUAAACAAAUAACAUCAAUUACUAAAAUUAUUGAGUUUAAAAAUAUAAUUUCAGCCUCAGGGGAAGGUGCUCCUCCAUCACAACAACGUUUAAUGUUUGGUGGUAUACAAAUGGAAAAUGAAAAAACAUUUGGGGAUUAUAAUAUCCAAAGUGAUUCCACACUACUCCUGGUAUUAAGAUUGAGUGGGGGUGGGGAUCAAAUAUUUUAUAUUGAUGAUAAAUUUCUUUCCCCUAAAUUCAAUCAUGAUUUUACAAAUAUAGUUGAUAAUGGUAUUUUUAUCAGAGGUGGAGAGAUUUAUAAACGUCCAUGUGGCUGGAUGAGAUUUGCUAUAAAUGUUGAAGGAAUAUUUUCAAGUGAAGGAAGUGAAUGGUUAAGCUUUGAUAACUCACCAGGUGAAUGGCCAGUUUCUUAUCAUGGUACCGGUAGAUCGGAAUCUGGUUCUAUUGCAGAAGAUGGUUAUAACUUAUCAAAAUGUAAAAGAUUUGCUUUUGGAGUAGGCAUUUACUCUACACCAUUGAUCGAAUGUGCAGAAAAAUAUGCAAAGUCCUUUAUUAACGGUGGUUACAAAUAUAUUGUUGUAUUUCAAAACCGUGUAAAUCCAAAAACACUAAUAAAAAUUUCAGAAGAAAAAACAAAAGAUGCGGCGUAUUGGAUUUCACCAACAGAAAAAGAUAUCAGACCAUAUGGUAUUUGUAUUAAAAAAACAUUAGUUUAA